AUGCCCCCAAUACACUCACCCACUGUAAGGCGUUCAGCACGCCUCAAGCAACUUUCUCAAAUAUCUGCUGGUCUAAAUAUGAGCGAACUACCACUACCACCACCCCCACAGCCGCCACAACCACCACAACCACCACAACCUUUGGAAUCUUCACGCCCUGAAGAUUGGCCUACAACUCCUGGGGAUGACACCAGCUUUGUCCCCGCCAAGAUCAGGUGGGACACCACCAAUGUUGAUGGCACUACAAUCCUUGUAUUCUGGCUCGCUGCACAUCCAGCCAACUGUCACAUACUCUUCUCCAAUAACAAAAAAAAUCUCAGCAUGGUGAUCGGCACUGAUCAUCCUUUGGGCAAGAGUAUAGCCGAUAUCUACCUUGUAAUCACCAGACAUGUAUUUGAAAAUGACCUGACAUAUGGGACCCGGUAUGCUGUAGAAGUGAACCAGCUGAAGUUCAAACAAGCCAUUACCAAUUGUCUUGCAUAUCUCAGGGGGAAGUAUAAGGCUGCAACCAAUCAUUUUGGGAUGACUGACACUGGUGUCAACCCUCUUGACCCUCUUUCUAAAGUAAAUCUUCGAGGCAAAAAAAUUGCAGCGCAAGUAUCAUCUGAAUUUCCAUGGUUCGAAGACCUUGAUGCGCUAUGGAAGGACAACCCUGCCUUUGCCCCAAAGACCUUCUCCUCCAUUCCUGGAAAAGAUCGUGCUGGUGCCCUCCAUGCGCUCACACAGCCUAAACACAAACAGACCUCUUGCCCUACUGGCAAGCAGGUUGCCUCUCAUCCUGCAAAUUCCAGCGCCACUGCAGAUGAUUCCACGGUGCGCUCACAAGCAAAGGGGAAAGAGAGGGCUGCAAAUUUUGAACCCAAUGAUGCCCCUCAUCCUACUGCCUCCCAAACUUUUUCCAAUACCAAUCCUAACCUCAACUGA